CUAUCAUUGUUUUAAUAGUUCUAUUUUCUUUUCCAUCACCGGCAUUUUGGAAAGGACGAAAUUUUGCGGAUUGCCGAUUAAUUAAUCCAGAAAAAUGACUGCUUUCGAAGAGUUUGGAGUUUUACCAGAAAUUGCCAAGGCAAUUGAUGAAAUGGAGUGGACAUUACCCACCGAUGUUCAAGCAGAGGCUAUUCCCCUUAUUUUGGGUGGUGGUGAUGUCCUUAUGGCUGCGGAAACCGGUUCCGGCAAGACGGGAGCAUUUUGUCUGCCAAUAUUACAAAUUGUUUGGGAAACCCUUAGAGAUUUAGAAGAGGGUAAAAGCAAAGGAGGUGCCUUAAGUGGUAGUGUGGCUCCUUGGACAAUGUCCUUUUUUGACCGAGGCAAUGCUUUAGCCGUCACCCCGGAUGGUUUGCGUUGUCAGAGUAGGGAAUUUAAAGAAUGGCAUGGCUGUCGUUGUACCACGGGAGUUAAAGGAAAAGGGAAAUUUUACUUUGAGGCAACUGUAACGGAUGAAGGGUUAUGUCGAGUGGGUUGGUCCACACAAGAAGCUAAUUUAGAUCUGGGCACUUGCCGAUUUGGCUUUGGCUUUGGAGGCACUGGGAAAAAAUCGAAUAAUCGACAGUUUGAUGAUUAUGGCGAAGCCUUUGGCAAAAAUGAUGUUAUAGGCUGCUAUUUGGACCUUGAGAAAAUGGAGGUGUCAUUCACAAAGAAUGGUACCAAUUUAGGCUUGGCAUUUCGUUUAAAUGAAAAUCUACGCAACGAAACAUUCUACCCAGCGGUGGUUUUAAAAAAUGCUGAAAUGGCAUUCAAUUUUGGUAACACAGAUUUUAGAUAUCCGCCUAAAGGUGGUUUCAUUGGCGGUAGUCAAGUAGGCCCGUCCCAUACAAAAUCAAAUCCAUUGGCAAGCCCCUCUGCAAAUGCUGGUUCAAACAAACCCUCACCAAAUGCUCCACAGGCCAUCAUUAUAGAGCCAAGUCGAGAACUGGCCGAACAAACAUACAAUCAAAUUGAAAAGUUCAAGAUACAUUUAUCUAAUCCAGACGUUAAAAGCUUGCUACUGAUAGGAGGCGUUAAACUAGAGCAGCAGAAAAGUGUUUUGCAACAAGGUGUACACAUUGUAGUUGGCACCCCAGGCCGUUUGGAAGAAAUGAUAUCCGGUGGUUUUGUGCAAUUGACUCAUUGCAAAUUUUUCGUUUUGGAUGAGGCUGAUGCCUUACUGAAACAAGGCUACACUGAUUUAAUCGAUCGCUUGCACAAACAAAUACCAAAGAUGACUUCAGAUGGACGUCGCCUACAGAUGGUGGUGUGUUCGGCAACACUACAUGCCUUUGAAGUUAAAAAAAUGGCUGACCGUUUAAUGCAUUUCCCCACAUGGGUAGAUCUCAAAGGAGAGGAUGCUGUCCCCGAGACCGUGCAUCAUGUCGUCUGCAUGGUAGAUCCACAACGCGAUACUUCAUGGCAUCAUUUGCGUCAGCGUAUACGCACUGAUGCCGUUCAUGCCCGCGAUAAUCCACAUCCCCAAAAUCAAUGUCCUGAAACUUUUUCUGAGGCUAUCAAAUUAUUGAAAGGCGAAUAUUGCAUACACGCCAUAGAGGAGCACAAGAUGGACAGGGCCAUUAUAUUUUGUCGCACCAAGUUAGAUUGUGACAAUCUGGAACAAUAUUUAAAAAUCCGGGGAGGGCAAAAGUAUUCUUGCGUUUGUUUGCAUGGUGAUCGCAAACCAAAUGAGCGCAAACAAAAUCUUGAACUAUUUAAGAGAGGGGAUGUUAAAUUUCUGAUAUGUACCGAUGUGGCUGCAAGAGGUUUGGAUAUAACUGGCCUACCAUAUAUGAUUAACAUUACACUGCCUGAUGAGAAAUCCAAUUAUGUCCAUCGUAUUGGUCGUGUAGGGCGAGCCGAACGUAUGGGUUUGGCUAUUAGCUUGGUGUCAACGGUUCCAGAAAAGGUGUGGUAUCAUGGCGAUUGGUGUAAAACCCGUGGCCGAAAUUGCUAUAAUACCAAUCUUACAGAUAAUCGUGGAUGUUGUAUUUGGUAUAAUGAAAAGAAUCUCUUGGCAGAAAUAGAAGACCAUUUGAAUAUUACCAUUCAACAAGUUGAUAAGAACUUGUCUGUACCACUUAACGAUUUCGAUGGUAAGGUUGUGUAUGGACAGAAAAAUCUAAAUACUGGCUCUGGCUAUAAAGACCAUGUACAACAAUUGGUGCCCGUUGUUAGAAAGCUCACCGAUUUGGAAUUGCAAUCACAAUCUUUAUUUUUAAAACGCUUAAAAGUCUAAACAGCUUAUAGACAAUUACAUCUUUUGUGUGGAGCGAUCGUCAUACCAUACAACUCCGUAUUACGAAAAAUAUUAGUGGUUAAAUAUUACAAUCACAUAUAUUAAAACUAUUAUAGCUAAAAACAUUGCUUGCAUACGUAACAUACAUUAAUGCAAGUUGCUGCUAAAAAAACAAACCAAAAACAGAACAAAACUA